AUAGCUAUACCAAAAACAAGUGUAAAACCAGAAGAACUACAGCGAAUAAGUAAAGAGAAAAUGGCUCGACUCUCGUCUCUUCUCUAUUUUUCGAUAACAGUUUUGAUCUUUCUCCAUGGCUCUACAGCUCAACAGUUUCCAAACGAGUGCCAACUAGACCAGCUCAAUGCGCUGGAGCCGUCACACGUACUUAAGGCCGAGGCUGGUCGCAUCGAAGUGUGGGACCACCACGCUCCUCAGCUACGCUGCUCUGGUGUCUCCUUCGUACGUUACAUAAUCGAGUCUCAGGGUCUAUACUUGCCCUCUUUCUUAAAUACCGCGAAGCUCUCUUUCGUUGCUAAAGGACAAGGCCUUAUGGGGAGAGUGGUCCCUGGAUGCGCUGAGACUUUCCAGGACUCAUCAGUAUUCCAACCAGGCAGUGGCAGCCCCUUCGGAGAAGGUCAAGGCCAAGGACAGCAGGGUCCGGGGCAAGGUCAGGGUCAGGGUCAGGGUCAAGGCAAGGGCCAACAGGGUCAAUCCCAGGGCCAACAGGGUCAAGGUCAAGGUUUCCGUGAUAUGCACCAGAAAGUAGAGCACAUAAGGAGCGGCGACACCAUUGCUACACAUCCCGGUGUAGCUCAAUGGUUCUACAACAAUGGAAACCAACCUCUUGUCAUCGUUGCCGUCAUGGAUUUAGCUAGCCACCAGAACCAGCUUGACCGCAACCCAAGGCCAUUUUACUUAGCAGGAAAAAACCCACAAGGCCAAUCAUGGCUACACGGACGAGGGCAACAGCCACAAAACAACAUCCUUAAUGGCUUCUCUCCAGAGGUUCUUGCUCAAGCGUUCAAGAUCGAUGUUAGGACAGCGCAACAACUUCAGAACCAGCAAGACAACCGGGGAAACAUUGUCCGUGUCCAAGGCCCCUUCGGUGUUAUUAGGCCGCCAUUGAAAAGUCAGAGACCACAGGAGACAGAAGCUAACGGUCUAGAAGAGACCAUAUGCAGCGCAAGGUGCACGGAUAACCUCGAUGACCCAUCUAACGCGGAUGUGUAUAAGCCACAGCUUGGUUACAUCAGCAUUCUUAACAGUUAUGAUCUACCCAUCCUUCGCGUACUUCGCCUCUCAGCCCUCCGUGGAUCAAUCCGUCAAAAUGCAAUGGUUCUUCCACAGUGGAAUGCAAAUGCAAACGCGGUUCUCUACGUGACAGACGGGGAAGCCCAAAUACAGGUGGUUAACGACAACGGUGACAGAGUGUUCGAUGGACAAGUCUCUCAAGGGCAGCUACUUUCCAUUCCACAAGGAUUCUCCGUUGUGAAACGCGCAACAAGCGAUCAGUUCAGGUGGAUAGAAUUCAAGACAAACGCAAACGCCCAGAUCAACACUCUUGCUGGACGUACCUCAGUCAUGAGAGGUUUACCAUUAGAGGUCAUAGCCAAUGGGUACCAAAUCUCACUUGAAGAAGCAAGAAGGGUUAAGUUCAACACAAUAGAGACCACUUUGACCCACAGUAGUGGCCCAGCGAGCUACGGAAGGCCAAGGAAGGCUGAUGCUUGAGUGCUUAAAUGGCUGCGUUUAACAGUGAGCCUCUACUGUAAAAGGAAGCUACAUAGGAGUAAUGAUAAUAAUAGUAAUGUACGAAAAUGCGACUGGUUUUGUUGAGGUUUACCUGUAAAAUGUGACCCCUUUUCUGAAUAAAA